AUGUUGCCCUCCAGACUAUAUCGCAAUGUCGGAAUCCCUCCGCCUCUCAGGAGCCUUUUACACCCAAGUCCAGCUCUGCCACCUAGUAUCCGGCUUCAACUUCGGUUACGGCUGGGUGUCUUUUCGAAUACAGCUGUGAAUACGCUGAAUCCGUAUUCUACAGCCACUUCGAGUAAUUCUAAUGACCAGUCAAACACUGCAACAUCAACGGCAACAGGAGACUCGGGAUCUUCUCCUUCCUCUUCGUCGGCCCCCCAAACGGUCACAUCGCAGGCAUUGCCUGAGAAAAUGACACCACGCAUGUCAAUAACGUUUACUUGUACAGUGACGGACUGUGGGACGAGAUCUACGCAUGAGUUUGCGAAAAGGUCGUAUGAGCGGGGAAUCGUUCUCGUCGAGUGUCCAGGAUGUAAUAACCGACAUUUGAUCGCAGACCAUUUAGGUUGGUUCAAAGAAAGUACUGAAGAGGGCAAGCUUCGAACAGUAGAGGACCUUGUACGAGCCCGAGGGGAGAAAGUUAGAAGAGGACAUGUAGAUAUGUCUGGCGGGGUUGUGGAAUAUACUCCGGAAUGA